UGAAAGCUUCCUUAACUGUCCUCCGCUGCACAUAUUUACAAGGAGAUGGGAGCCACAGAUAUGAAGUAUAAAAACAGGGUGCGGAGCCGCAUCAGCAACCUGAAGGACCCCAAAAACCCUGGGCUGCGGAGGAACGUCCUGGCUGGAGGCAUCAAGCUGAGACGCUUCGCCAUCAUGUCUGCUGAGGAGAUGGCUAGUGAUGAGCUGAAGCAGCUGAGGAACAAUCUGACUAAGGAGGCCAUUAGGGAACACCAGCUGUCCAAAACCAGCGGUACCAUUUAUGAUCUGUUUCAGUGCAGCAAAAAUAACUGCACCUACAACCAGAUGCAGACCCGCAGUGCUGAUGAGCCUAUGACCACUUUUGUUUUUUGCAACGAGUGCGGGAACCGCUGGAAGUUCUGCUGAUGUGGCCCAGCUCCAAUGACGAUGUUGCAGACCACAUUUUUCUAUGAGGGGUUAUAAUGUUUAACAAUGAGUAAUUUUACAAAAACAAACAUGAAUACUUAUAAUUUACUUUUUAAGAUGGGCUCCCGAGUGGCGCAGCGGUCUAAUGCACAAGAGGCAUCACUACAGUCUCUGGUUCAAUUCCAUGCUGUAUCAUCUGGCCGUGAUUGGGAGUCCCAUAGGGCAGGGCACAAUUGGCACAGCGUCGUCCGGGUUUGGCCGGGGUAGGCCGUCAUUGUAAAUAAGAAUUUGUUCUUAACUGACUUAUUUUAAAUGUAACCUUUAUUUAACUAUGGUGCUUUUAAUGGGGGUUGAAAACAUUUUUGUAAAAUGCAGGGGUUGAGACAGUCUCCAGAUUGAUGGCAGUGUCAUUUAAUCUGUCCUGGUUGGACACAGGUAAUUCAAUGGUGCUGAGGAGAUGCAGCAGCCUUUUAUGAAUUUCACUGACAUCAACUUGUUUUUUUGCAUCUUUAAAAAAAAUCAUUAUAGUCUUUAAAUCUGCAAAGACCACAGAUCAAAUUAGAAAUCAAGUAUGAAAGCUUAUCAUGCAAGCCAUUUCAAUUCAAACAUCUUUAUUGUUAAAAUCUCAAGGCCAAACUUCUGAGGUUUUAUUGUCACUGUUUGGGCUUCAGUCAGGGAAUAAUAUGAUUCAUUUUUCUAGAUAUGGUAAAGACCAAAAAACGGUAUUUAUGUAAUUUGUGGGUUUCGCUCUGUGAAAUUUUAAAAGAGCAGCUAAAAUGUAUAUACAUAUUUAUGAAUAGUUGAUUAUUUUCAUAUGUACUGUAUAAUAUAUGAAACAGUAAUACGUCUCCUACAUAUUGCUUUGCAUCAUAAUUGAAUGAGUAAACAGUAUUGAAAUUAUGCUAAUUAAUACAAAAUAAUGUCAAAUUCUGUUUGAACUACCGGUGAAAUGGAAGUCAAUAUACUGUACCACUAUGAGCAGCCACAAGAUGGCGAGGAAGAGUAAUUUAUACUGUAAGAGCUCCCACUUGCAAAUGAUGUAUCAUUUAGGGAGUGAAUGUUGUUUACAGUACCAGUCAAAAGUUUGUUCACACCUACUCAUUCAAGGGUUUUUCUUUAUGUUUACUGUUUUCUACAUUGUAUAAUAACAGUGAAGAUAUCAAAACUAUGAAAUAACAUAUAUGGAAUCAUGCAGUUACCAGCAUUGUUUUAAACAAAUCAAAAUAUAUUUGAGGUUCUUCAAAGUUGCCACCCUUUGCCUUGAUGACAGCUUUGUACACUCUUAGCAUUCUCUCAACCAGCUUCAUGAGGUAAUCACCUGGAAUGCAUUUAAA